UUUCUUCUUUUUGUUUCCAUUCGGCUUCGCUCGUUGCUCUUUCCUCGUCUGAUCGGAGCGCGCACGACGGCUGUGCGGACUCGUAUCUGCAGAGAGAAGUGUGGACAACAACCCGCUGUGACAGGAACAAAGGUAACUCAGUAUGAGUCGAGAUGUAUGGAUUAAGAAGAAAGCCAAAGCCAGUGAUGACAGUGGUUGGGCUGAAAUGGGCGGCUACAUGGCGGCCAAGGUCUCCAAGCUGGAAGAGCAGUUUAAGCUUGACGCCCCCAGGGAGAAACAGAAGCAAGGCAUAUGCUCCAACAUCUUCAGCGGAGUGGCCAUUUACGUCAAUGGCUACACAGACCCAAGUGCGGAUGAGCUGCGGAGACUGAUGAUGCUGCACGGAGGCCAGUUCCACGUCUACUACUCGCGCUCCAAGAUCACACACAUCAUCGCCAACAACUUGCCCAACAGUAAAAUCCAGGAGCUCAAAGGGGAGAAGAUCAUCAGGCCGCAGUGGAUCACGGACAGUGUGAAGGCUGGGCAUCUCCUGCCGUACCUGCAGUACCAGCUGUACACCAAACACAAAGGGCCGCUCUUCCCUGGCAUGCCGCUGCGCCAGAUCUCAGAGAUCGCAGGACCGAGCAACGGGCCGCUGCAGCCCAGCGUCCAUCAGAAGCUCCACCUGCAGCAGCACAGCGUACGACACUCUGCGCCCAAACAUGACCACCCGUCAUCCAGCCACCAGAAUGAAGCCAACCCAACACCCAGCCACAGCCAACCUCAGUCCCUCCAGCGCAGCGCUGCAGCUUUCCUCAUGAGCCCCCAGCCAAGUCACUUAGCGUCCAGUCACCUCAAUACAGACCCCAGUCACAGAGGCCCUUUACCCGCCCACUCAAUUUUAAACCCAAGCAGCACAAAGCCCCCACAGUCUUAUCUUCAGACACCUCAACGUUGUCUCAGCAACCAGAGAGCCGGCCAACAGCAACCUCAGAGCAACACCUGCCAGAGCGGCUGCAAGGAAGUGGACUUGAAAGUAAAUGGAUCCUUGCAGACCUCAGCUGACUUGAUAAUGAGCCAUUCCAAAAUGAACAAAAUGCAACAGUGUGGCAAAGACCUUUAUCCACCGGCGGUAAAGCAAGUGCCCCUGACCAAUGGACACGUUCAUCAUGUUAAUGGUGCCUUAAAACCAGAGGACCUGUCUCCUGUUUCAGGCGACCCCUCUGUUGACGAAGAACUGCCUGACUACAGAGUCCAGAGUCCUGAUAUUAAACCUCAGAAUCGUCCAGUGCGGUGUCAGGCCAAACCCGACCCGUAUGAGUUUCCCCACAGUCCUCCGAAGCAAUCCGACCAGUGGCCUGUCUGUUUGGAGGAGUCCAGCGCUCAAGCAGCCAACGAGCAGAGACAUAAACCACCCCCACCCUCCUACCAGGAGGCCAUCAAAGCCACCGAAAGCCACCUAAUCCCAAAACAGCUUCAGCCAUCCCUUCAGGUGGAUUCACCCCCUGAAAAGACUCAUCUAUCCUCCGCAUCUCAAUCUCUUUCACAUUCCCAUGUUCGACUGAACGGAAGUCACCACAAGGCCUUUUCAUCAGAUCCUGCAUCGUUCAAUACAACUAUCACUGACAAGCCGCCAUCAUCAUCAUCCUCCUCGUCGGCGGGCAAGUCUUCAGCUCAGCUGCAGACAAAGACGAAUGAUUUGAUCUCCGAGUUCUACUCUCACUCACGUUUACACCAGAUCUCCACGUGGAGGACCGGCUUCUCCGAGUAUGUCAAUGAACUGCACAGCAAACGAAAAGCAGCAGGGGGCGCCUCCUUUCCAGGGAAAGAGCGACUAAGGAAAUGUGUGGCACUGCGCUCUUCAGACAGUCAAGGAACAUCAGCAGCCACAAAUGUGAAAUCUUGUAUCCUUCACGUGGACAUGGAUUGUUUCUUUGUGUCUGUGGGGAUCCGACAUCGACCGGACCUCAAAGGAAAGCCUGUCGCUGUGACCAGUAACCGUGGACAGUCCAGAGUGCCCCUUAGACCAGGGGCCAACCCUCAGCUGGAGCAGCAGUACUACCAGAGGAAACACACUCUUCCUCCAACAGAGGGAAGUGAUGAGGAUCUACCAAGAACUCCAUCACAACAGAGUCCUGAGUCACAUGUCAACGGAGUGGACCAGGACCCUGCUGUUAUGUCAAUGGCAGAGAUUGCAUCUUGUAGUUAUGAGGCUAGACAGGCGGGCGUGAGGAACGGGAUGUUUUUCGGCAAAGCGAAAAAGUUGUGCCCCUCGCUCCAGUCCGUCCCGUAUGAUUUUGAGGCUUAUAAAGAGGUGGCUCUCAGCAUGUAUGAGACUCUGGCUAGUUACACCCAUGACAUUGAGGCUCUGAGCUGCGAUGAGGUGUUGAUAGACGGCUCCGCUCUGCUGACCGAGCUGGGCAUCAACGCGGAUGAUCUUGCUGAAGCUAUUAGAGCAGACAUCAAGGAGAAGUCAGGAUGCUGUGCCUCAGUGGGCAUGGGCUCCAACAUCCUGUUGGCUCGGCUGGCGACGCGAAAGGCCAAGCCGGACGGGCAGUACUUCUUAAAGUCUGAAGAGGUGGAUGAUUUUAUCAGGGACCUGCCAGUAACCAGCUUACCAGGUGUUGGGCCUGUUAUGGGCAGGAAGUUGGCUGCUAUGUCCGUGAGGUCAUGUGGGGACCUCCAGCAGUUGUCUCUGUCUCAGCUGCAGAAGAAGUUUGGACCCCGGACCGGACAGACCCUGUUCCGUUUCAGCAGAGGGCUGGAUGAUCGGCCCGUCCGCUACGAAAAGGAAAGAAAGUCUGUCUCGGCGGAGAUGAACUACAACAUUCGCUUUACAAGGAUUGAUGAGGCAGAGAGUUUCCUGAAUAACUUGUCCAUGGAGGUUCAAAGACGUUUACAAGAAGCGGGGCUGCGGGGUCGCAGAGUUACGCUCAAGGUCAUGGUUCGCAAGGUUGGAGCUCCACUGGAGUCGGCUAAAUAUGGUGGUCAUGGCAUCUGUGAUAACCUGGCCAGGACUGUGAUGCUCCCUCAAUGCACCGACAGUGGUCAGCUGAUCGCCACUGCAGUCAUGAAGCUGUUCCACGCCAUGAAGCUGCAGGUUCAGGACCUGAGAGGAGUCGGCAUCCAGGUCCAGCUCCUUGAGGGACAUCACUCUGUCCCUCAGGACUCCACAGGCCAGGGGUUACGCUCCAUCAAAGAGCUGUUACUCGGUCAAGGAAGUGCCAAAACCCACAACAGAGGUUCGUCUCGGGUUGUAGGUGCUGCAGAAAACGGCACGCAUCAGGAAAAGACUCAGACAAUAGCCUCAUCAUCUGGCUCCACUCCACAUCCUUUGUCUCCUCCUGAGCCGGUCCCAGGGACAAGCAAAGACCAGCAGGCACGAACUCCGAAGAAUCCUCGAGCACGACUCAACUUCAGUAUCGAAAUCCCCUCCCCUUCACAGGUGGACCGUUCUGUGUUGGAGGCCCUGCCUGCAGACCUGAGGGAGCAAGUGGAGCAGUCGUGGAGUCAUCGGGACAGGAGACCAAACAAUCAUCAUUCACCGAGUCCACAGAUGCCUGCUCCUCCUCCUCCUCAGUCAGCCUCUCUGAAGACAUGUCCGACCUCACCUCCUCGUCCGUCUGCCUCCGGACCUGCACUGAACGCUCCACCCUUCGGAACCUUGGUUCUGCAGAUUCCAAACCAGCCAGACACUCCAGGAAUUGUACUGGAACUACCACACUUCUCACAGGUUGAUCCAGAUGUUUUCGCUGCCCUUCCCAAAGAGCUUCAGGAAGAACUGAAGUCUGCCUAUAACCGCAUAACUGUCCAACCUCAGACAAAAAUGUUGGAGCAGAAGAACCCACUGAUGCAGCUAAAACAGUCAGGAGCAGGGGCCGGUGUCGGUCGUAUGAAGCGACGCUACAAGAGAAAAAAUGCAGCGAGUCCGGUUAAAAAAGGACCUUCUCCUACGAAGAGGCGUCACACAACAAACAGCCCUGCUAAAACCCUGCCACCUCUUAGCACAUCACGGGGAUCAAACAUGGUAAAGACUGAAAAUGUUCCCUCGGCAUCCCCCUCAAAACCAGUCAUCCCUGAGUCUCUGACAAAAUUCAUCCCUCGUCCUGCUCCUGCGUUGGCUGGAGCCUGUGACCUGACGGAUAUUAAAACCCUCCUACGGGAAUGGGUCACCUCCAUAACAGAACCCAUGGAGGAGGACAUCCUGCAGGUGGUGAAAUACUGCACUGAUCUGAUCGAGGACAAAGAUCUGGAGAUGCUGGAUUUGGUUAUGAAAUAUAUGAAAAGACUCAUGCAGCAGUCGGUGGAGUCCGUCUGGUGUAUGGCUUUUGACUUUAUCCUGGACAACGUGCAGGUGGUUGUGCAACAGGCCUACGGUAGCACCCUGAAGAUGGCAUGAAGAACGAGGGGAAUCUGAUUUCACUGUGUUCACCACAUCUUGUUUUGCUACUUUGACGAAGACAUUUGACUAAGACAUCUGCAGCACAGAUUUUGACACCUCCUCAAUUGUGAUGCCACUGCCACGUCUGCCAUGUAAUGGCCUCACAAACACAAAGUAUGAGACCCAUGACAGUAUUAAAUGAACGUAUGUACAGAACAUUGUUUUAUUGCUCUAAAAGAGACAUGUUACACAAUCUGAAGAACUGGUAAUGUUCCUAUUGAAGAAAUGAAAACCCAGAACAGUGCUAAUUGUAGCAGUUUUUGGAAAUUCCUCCUUUUCCGAUGAAAGCUCUUUCUAUCCCCAACAAUCAGUUCCAUAGGCAUGAGACAUUUUUGUGGUAAGAUUUCUGCUGGCAGUACUUCAAUAUUUCUUACACACUCAAACGAGCGAGAGCUGGUAACAUUUUAAAUUCCUAUUUCCCAUGUAAGUAUUUUCCAUCUGACACAGCAGUCGAAUUCCCCUAUUUCUCUAAAGUAAUAAAUUGUGUCCCUCAGAAUCACUUUCAGUCCAGGUUUAAAAUACUGACAUUAUCAUCAUGUUUAGCAAUUUUUGACUUGUAGCACUGCUCUGACAUCAACAUUCUCCUGUUUUUCAUUUAUGUUUCUUUGGUGUUCGAUGCGAUCAACACCGAACUGUGAAAUAUCCACUACUGCUGUGUUUUAAAAAACUAAAUAGACUCUGGUACAAGCAGUAGUAUGUUUUUCUCUUUCUUGUUUGUUGCAAAAAGUGCCAAAACCUGUUUAUUCUAAAAUGUAAAUAAUGUUUUUCAAAGAUCCUUGUUUAAAGUUUUAAAAGAAAAGAUGUAUGUAGAGGGCUUACCUCUUGUAUUGUUUACAUGUAGUGAAUUCUUAGUAACUUUCUUUAAAUUGUAAAUUUUCUCACUCUAUUCGUUUGUACGUGUUCCAACCUGGAAAUCAGAAGCUGGCCAAAGCACUUCACGUGAGGUCAACUGUUGAUUCUCAGUAGCACUCUGAUUCCGGAGGACUAGGGUUAUGGCAAUCAAUAAGUAGCCAAUGCAUCUCUUUUUUUCACUAAAGAGUAAGAUGUCCCUUCGAGAUAAUGUAACGUUUCAUAUUCGCUUUGUACUUGGGAGUAAAUCUUGUUUUUACAAUCUGUUUUCACUGGUUUCAAAAACCUGAAUAUCAAAAUAAUGCUGGAUUUGCAUGGGAGCAGGAGGUGUGAUCUUCUGUAACAUCACAUUGCUGGAGAAAUGUGUGGCUACAUCAUUGUAUUUCUUUAAAUUGAACUGUUAUCACUGCGAUGAUGGUGAUCAGAGGUAAUCAGCAGAUGCGGUCGGCUGGCCAUCUUGUGAUCUCACCACGGAAGACACCAUGUGUGUGGAUUGCAUAAGUUUGUUUAAAGCCGUUUCCCUAUAUGCAAACCAAAUCAAGCUGUCAUGUUUCUUUUUUUUUUUUACUAGUUGAAAUGAAUGUAAUUCAUAAUGUGCAAGUGUCCACUCGCUCAUUUUCAAGAAGUUGCUUCUCUUCACCUGUCAUAUCUUUCCAGAAGGGAAUGGCCAGGAGUUCAACUCGGCCAGUCUUGUCUUCUCCGAACUGGAUUGUGCCUGACGACCUUAAGCUGUGAACCUGUUUGUAAGUUUUUCUAAAUCUUGGUAAUAAACUGUAAACUCUGUAA